GACAAACCAUGUGUUGACUUUACACAUGGCGUAUGCGUGUUAAAAACAUUUUGGUGUGUGUUCAAGAACAUUCUAAACAGUUUCUGUUAUUUGGCAGUUGUGUUGUUUUCAAUUUUUUAAAUUAACUGACCAAAAGAGGAAGAUUAGCCGAUUAACUGUUCAGUCUGUCAGCUCUUGACAUAAAGGACAGGGAAAUGUGAUUGGCUAUUUGCUCUUCAGUGCAAUAAAAAGGGAAGUGACAAAGGGAGUGAAAAAAGGCUCAGUGCAAGUUUUAACAGCUGAUGUCUCUCAGCCUACUGUAGUGCUACACAGGCCAGCAGACAUGGAGACUAAUAGCAAAGAAACACUACAAGCAGACUUUGAUGUAUUUGAUAUUUCUGAAGAGUUUGGAUUUCUACUUGAAGAGCCACUGACUCACCUCCCAGACCAUUAUCAGGUGUGGCUGGACCUCGCAAAUAAUCUCAUACAUCUGAUAGAAUCACGUAAACUACGGGAUCUGGUUGAUAAGAUGCCGGUCUUGAGUCCAGAUCUUUUGAGUGACCAUCGGGAGCUUAGGCUCGCUCACCUAGCACUAGGAUUCAUCAGCAUGGGAUAUGUAUGGCAGGAAGGACAACAUGCACCUGCUGAGAUACUCCCAAAGGCUCUGGCCCUGCCUUUUUGGCUGGUAUCACGCAGACUUGGCCUUCCACCGAUCCUGACAUAUGCAGAUUCAGUUUUAGCCAACUGGAAGUUAAAGGAUCCCACAGGGGAUAUGAGAAUUGGGAACAUGGACCUGAUAUUUUCCUUCCCUGGUGGUGACACUUGCAGGGGAUUUUUUAUUGUGUCACUGCUGGUUGAGAUGGCGGCUUCACCCGGCAUAAUGGGGGCGCUGGAGGUGAUGCGCGCCAUUAAAGUCUCUGACCUCACUGGGAUAAAAAAUGGCCUCAUCAAAGUAACUCAGUCUUUAAAGAAGAUGAAGGAAAAAUUCAAAUUUAUGCACAAUCACGUGGAGCCAGCUGCAUUUCAUGGAAAAUUGAGAAUUUUUGUCUCAGGAUGGAGAGACAACCCAAUGCUUCCAAGGGGGGUGAUGUAUGAAGGUGUGAGCGAUGAGCCUAUUUUGUUAUCAGGUGGGAGUGCUGCCCAGAGUUCAGCUAUUCAAUGCUUUGAUGCUUUGCUGUGCAUCCAGCAUGAGGAAGAGACAGGAGCGUUCCUGACACGCAUGAGAGACUACAUGCCUCCUGCCCACCGUCAGCUGAUAGAAACGCUCUCCGUCUGUCCACCGCUGCGAGACUUCAUCUUGUCCUGCUCCAACUCUGACCUCUGUCAGGCCUACAACUCUUGUGUCUCCGCACUGGUGGAUUUACGAAACUAUCACCUCAAUACUGUGACCAAGUACGUCAUUAUUCCUGGUAACCACGCGCAAUCUGUGGGCUGUCCAUUCAGAGGUGUGGGUACUGCACUCAACACCACUGGGACUGGUGGAUCCAACCUCAUGGUCUUCCUUAAGAGUGUUCGUAACACCACUCAAAAGGCACUGAUUUUAGAGAGACUAUCAUAGUCUAGAAACCUCAGUGUAUUUCCUGGCACAUAUAUACUGCUCCAAAAAAAUUUAAGAAACAUUUUUAACUCAGAGUAUAGCAUCAGGUGAAUUAAAUUUCUGGGAUAUUGAUCUGGUCAGUUAAGUACCAGAGGGGGUUGUUAAUGAGUUUCAGCUGCUUUUGUGUUAAUGAAAUUAACAGGUGCUUUAGAGGGGCAGCAAUUUGACAACCCUCAAAACAGUAAUGGUUUUACAGGUGCAGGACACUAACAUUUUCCCCUCCUCAUCUUCUCUGAAUGUUUUUUUCUGUAGUUUUGCAUUUGGCUAGGGUAAGAGCCACCACGUUACUGUUAGUACAAAACUUCCAGGACAGCACAUCAAUGCGAGCCAUUGCCAGACGAUUUGCUGUCUCUCCCAGCACAGUCUCAAUUGCAUGGAGGAGAUUCCAGGAGACAUACAGUUACUUUAGGAGACUUGGACAGAGUUGUAGAAGGUGAUAUAUAUAUGCCUGAUAUAUGUCCUUUGUGCAAGGAACAGGAUGAGCACUCCCAUAUCAAAAUGACCUGCAGUAGGCCACUGGUGGGAAUGGUGCUGCCCUGUGCUUUUCAGUAGGUUAGCCCUAAGAUCAUGUGACAGAGGUGAAAGGGCCUAGAGAUGCAAUACUGCCUGUAACAUUGUUCAGCAUGACCAGUUUAGUGGUGGAUCAUUUAUGGUCUGGUGAGUCACAUCCUUGCACACACAGACCUCCACAGGCUAGGCAACAGCAUCAUGACUGCCAUUAGGUAUUGGGAUAAAAUCCUUUACCCACUGGCAGACCCUCCACUGUGGGUUAUGGCUUUCUCCUGGUGCAUGGCGAUGCCUGGCCUCAGGGCGUGAAAGUAUGCAGGUAGUAGCCAAAAACACAAAGCAAAAAUGAAAAUCAGCACAAAGACACUUCAAAACGAUCGCCAUAGUGAUUCUACUGUAGAAACCCGAACAGGUAGAAACGGAGGCUGCUGCCUGACUUCUUAUCAGUUUGUUAACUGUUGAAAUUCAGGGUCACUGCUGGCCUGGGGUUGGCAUUCGCUCAGCUUUCACUCUGGGUUCUUGGCUAGCUUAGUGUUAGCAUUCUGUCUGGCUAGCCUAAUGUUAGCUUGCUAUCUGUGCACGUGCUUGCAAACAGCCGAUGUUGCAGCAUAAAGUAUC